AUGAGGCUGGCAGAGCAGCAGGACCGGCCGUGUGAGCCGGGACAACCAGAAUGCGGGGACAGGGUGUAUGAAUCAGACAAUGAGGACUCAGAAAAUUUAGAAAGGCAAGAAGUAGGAAUUGGAAGUCGGCACGCUCACUGUGAUGCCUCACUCGUGGUGACGGACUGCGGCCCUGCACACAGACACCCUCUGACCCUCUCUGCGCGUCGUCCCCCAGCCUGGGCGCUGCAGCUGCUAGGCUGUCCCCUCCACCCUCUUGGAAGACCGCCGUCUGGCCGCAGAAAGCGGGGUGCGCUGGAAGGUAGCAGCCCCUCGGCGAUGACCGGCUGCUGUCGGGGCGUGAGAGCCCGGCUCCCUUGA